AUGCGGGUUAUGAGGGUUUAUGAGGGUUAUGAAGGUUUCAUGUGGGUUAUGAGGUUCCAUGUGGUUAUGAGGGGUUUUAUGAGGGUUAUAAGGGGGUUCAUUAAGGGUUUCAUGAGGGUUAUGAGAGGUUUCAUGAGGGAUCAGAUCACCUUUGGUCCGCGAAGAGUUCCCGACGCGCUGUGGUCGAGUCUUACUUGUGGUCUUCCUGUGGGUCAGAGAGGGACCCCGAUGAGUAUUGGGGGAGAUGUGGAUUUUAAAGUAAUUAAUGACGAUGGAGUUCGCAAUCCGGAUACUGGGAGUAACAGUGAUAAUGGAAAUGUACCAAAACAAGCCAUUCGGGCAAGCACAAAACAAGUCCCCAGCAAGCGCAAACAAGCCCUCAGGAAGCACAAAACAAGACCCCAUCAAGCACAAGCAAGCACAAACAAGCCCUCAGGAAGCACAAACCAGGUCCCUAGUAAGCACAAAAUAAGACCCCAUCAAGCACAAACAAGCCCCAGCCAAAACAAGCCCUCAGAAGCACAAAACAAGACCCCAUCAAACACAAGCAAGCACAAACAAGCCUCAGGAAGCACAAACCAGGUCCCUAGCAAGCACAAAAUAAGACCCCAUCAAGCACAAAACAAGCCCUCAGAAGCACAAAACAAGACCCCAUCAAGCACAAGCAAGCACAAACAAGCCCUCAGGAAGCACAAACCAGAUAGACCACCAGCAAGCACAAACAAGCCCCUAUCAAGCAAAAAUAGCCUCCAACAAGUAAAAACAAGCCCCAGCAAGUACAAAACAAAUCCCCCAACAAGCACCAAAAUAGGCCCCCAGCAAGCACAAACAAGCCCCCAACAAGCACAAAACAAAGCAAGCAAAAACAAGCCCCAGCAGGCACAAAAACAAGCACAAGACAAGCACACACAAAAGCCCCCAACAGCACAAAACAAGCCCCCCAGCAAGCACAAACAAGCCCCAGCAAGCAGGCUCGGCCAGCGGCGGCGGCCGGAACGACCUCAUUCCCGGCGAGUGCUUGUUAAUGCCGCCAUCGCCCGGGAAGGGGAUGUUUAA